GGACUCAAUAGGAAUGACGGGAAAGAAAAAGAACAAAAGAAAUUUAUUUCGUAUUGAAUUCCGCUGCUGACGUACUUAUACUCCAAAACGAUACUCAUACAUUUGAUUUUGCAUAAAAUAGUUGGGUUGUUCAUUUAUGUAUUUGAUUCCAACAUUAUUGCACGAGCUAAAAGUUAAAAAACAAGAACUUUGUCUAUGAUUUCAAAACUUUUAACAUCAUCAAAAAUCAAAAUGACCGGGGUUUAACGUCCUCGCAAAAGCCAGGGUCAGCUGAGGACAAAUUUUAGAUCAAUUAUAAAAAUAAUGCUAACAAUAGAGGCAAGCGUAAGUCAUUCGCAGCGUGAUAAGAAACACGUAUGUGAGGAAGUAUUUGUUUCUGGGUCGUACAGGUAACUCGGCCAGUCUUUAUCAACCUGUGGGCCUAUAAAAAGGCUCCCCUUACCUUGCUGCACAGUAAUCAUGAUGAUUGGCGUGUGUGUCGCACUUCUGCUUCUUGCUGGCAAUGUCCAAGGGGGCAAGAAAUGCUCUGGUAAUCCCCUUAUGUACAACGGUAAGUUGUGUGGCUCCACCACCCGGUAUCAUGACUCACACAAAGGAGCGUGUGGGUGUGGUCACGGGGACACGCCCUUCGGCUGGAACCAGAACAACUAUGUAGCCGCAGCCAAUCAGAUGUUCUUUGACUCUGGACGUCGAACGUGGUGUGGAUCUAAGUGUGGUCACUGUGUGAGACUGACCACCACAGGCGGGUAUGUGGACGGACAAGGUGGCCCUACAAGGGGUGGUGAGUCUAAGAUCUUCAUGGUCACGAACCUUUGUCCGGCUGUGGAUCCAAAUAUGGCGUGGUGCGCCCAGAGUGCGGCGCCGUGGGACGGUGGUGCCAACACGUUUGGCUACGCCUACCAUUUUGACUUGGAAAACGGUGGUCAUCAGAUCGAUCGUCUUAAUUGGAACAACCCGGAAGUGACAGUGGAUGAAGUCUCGUGUGACGGUCACGAGAGUAUGACGCCCACAAGUGGCUACUACAGCCAAUGUGAAUGCCACUAGUUGUAGGCAAAAGCCUAACGUUAUUAACAUUUCCGGGUUAACCGUUUUAUGAUAAAGAACAUAUUAAGAGCUAAGAUAUGUUAAUGGUGUUGUUAUAAUAAAUACAUGCAAUUGAGCGAUGUCACGGUGUUAAUCAAAAGGCCCAAUGGGACAGCAUCGCUCCCCU